AUGGGAUCAGGUGACUCAGGUGACUCCUGCCUCAGGUCGAGUCGGACCCGAGAGGGACACACGCGCGUCACGUUCCUGCGAGAGGACGCGUCGGGCGCACGCUCCUUGUACCUCAGCCUGUGGUCCGAGGACAGGACACUGGUGACCUGCGAAGUAAACAGCAGUCCACUGGCCACGGAGAGUUACCGCACCCUCUGCGGGAGGAGCGACACCCAGCUGCAGGUCGAAGAGUUCACCCGGAGGUUUAACGUCAGUGCGUUGGCAGCUCCGGAUGCUCCCUGCGCGCCUGUCUCCUCCAGGCGCUCCAGAAGAGCCCGGGCAGAGGGGAAAGUGCGGAGGAAACGAGGAUGGUUAUUCCCGGGGACGAUGUGGUGCGGCAGGGGAAGUGAAGCGGUCAGAUACGAAGAGUUAGGGAUGUUCGAGAACGCAGACAGAUGCUGCCGUGAACACGACCACUGCUCCCACAUCAUCCCUUCUUUCACUGUGAAUUAUGGAGUCUUCAACUCCUACUUCUUCACGCUCUCACACUGUGACUGUGACCAGAGGUUUCGACAGUGUCUUUUUGAGGUGAAUGACACCAUUUCUAGUAUGGUUGGCUACAGCUUUUUCAACAUCCUGCGGAUUCCCUGCUUUGAGCUCAAACAGCAGAGACGAUGCAUCCAGAAGUACUGGUGGGGAAUCUGCAAAGUAGCCGAAGAGGCUCCGUAUGCCAUCUUCAAAAGCCCACUCCCAUACAACACAUCUGAUGUUACAAGCAAAUAUGGGGCCAACAGGAGCAACUUAACAAGUAGUGAGAGGCAGCAUGUUACCGAAAGCCCAGCGACCAGCCCACGCCGACAGCCACCCAAGAGAGAACAUAGAUGUGACCCCAGAGACCCACCCAGAGGAGACACUUUCUACCUCAGGACAAAAGGGAGAGGAUGUAAAAGACGCCGGAAAUCAUCAACUGUCGCACCUUCUCAAAUGGCCCCGAUAUCAAGAUCACGCACCACUACUCCUUCAAUGGAAACAGCUCAUUUAAAUGCAGCUAAAGAGGACGCAACCAGUAGCAACCACAGCAGAGACAACAACCAGGAGAAGUCACAAAAAAGAACGAAACUAAAGACCACAGCCUUGCCUCAUGAGGACGGGAAGUCACUAAGGCAGAGGGACUCUCACCUAUUGGGGAAUAACACAAGCCAGAAGCACAUGGGAAGUAACAUAACACAAAGUACCAUUGUGGAAAUAAGCUUUAGAGAAUAUAACGCUGUCACAGAUAACCAGCUCCUGUGUGGAAGCCUCAAAUAUCUGGAUGACUGUAAAUACCAAAUCCCUCCUCUGGAGAAGAAGUAUGAUCUGCAGAACAUGGAGUCAAAGGUGGCCUACCACUGUGACUGCACCACCCGCUUGGCGCUUCAGAUCAAAAGCUUCAAGCAGCCCAGUGUUCUCCCCACGCUGCUGAUGGAUUUCGUCUCCCAAUACUGCUUCAAACUGCCGAAAGAGAAAAAAUGCCGUCGCAGAAAAAGCUGUUCUAGAGGCUUCAUUAAAACCUCUGACCUACUUCAAACACUUAAGAAGAUGGAGGGAAAAGACAGUGGCGGGGUGCAAAAUCCAGGCAAUGAGAGGAAAAGAGGGAUUCCUGUUCGCCUUUAUAAGCGAUGCCUAAGGCUGGAGAAAGAAGCUAAUAUUAUGGCACGGCUCACAUGA